UGAGCAGGAAGUCUUAAGAUGGAUGGUGGGUGACAAUUUCCGUACUGACAACGCGAUCAAAACAUAACCUAUGUAUAGAUCGUUCAUCGCAUCUCGUUGUUGUACGUAGUGAUUUGAUCGAGUGAAAAUGUCGUUGAAAAGGAAACUGACUCAAGACGAUUUGCGUAAGGCAAUGAAUGAACAUAAGAAGAAACUGGGUAUUAAGAAGAUCGACUCGCCGCUAGCAAAGUAUACAGAUUCAGGUCAGUUAAUGUGUAUUUUAUGCAAAUCUGUAGUGCGUAGUGAAACAGUUUGGCCUGUUCACUUGAAUUCCAAAAUGCACAAAGAUAAUGUUGCAUUAGCAAAAAAGACUAAACUUGAAACUGAAGGUGCAGUAAAGGCAUCUGACGGUCAAUCAUUCAAGAGACCUUCUUCUCCACCUCAAAAUCCUCCUAUGAAUAAGAAGAUAAAAGGGAUAUUGAAAAACUCGAGUCAGUCAGUAGUACAAACCAGAUCAAAUUUACCAGCAGAUUUUUUUGAUGAUAAUUUGAAACAAGUUAACAGUGUAUCUUCAAUGCAAAAUUUAGAGAGUAAAGAUUCUAUAGUUAAUACUGUAGAUGUACAACAUGUGGAAGAAGAAGAAGAAGAAGAAGAAGAAGAAGAAGAAGAAAAAGAGAAAGAAAAAGUAAAGGAUACAAAUUUAGCUGUUCUUCCAGAAGGAUUUUUUGAUGACCCCAUAAUGGAUGCUAAAGUUCGUAAUGUUGAAUAUAAAGAUCCUAUUGAAGAAGAAUGGGAGAAAUUUCAAAAAGAGAUUAAAGAAGAAACUGCGCAAUCUGCACAAAUUAUUGCUGACGAUCAGGAGGAAGCGACAACAGAAAGACAAUUAGAGGAAAUUGAAGAACAAAUUAGGCAUUGGUCUAGGGUAAUGGAUCUUGCAAAACGUAUGGAACAAGUACAGGGUACAGAUAGAAAACAAGAAAAUAUCGAUGAUGAUGCAUCAAGUGAUGAAGAAGCCGAAUUUGAUGAGUUUCUUGAUUGGCGAGCUAAGAAUUCAUAUAAAUAAAAAGUGGUAUGUGUCUAUUAAUUUUGUAAAUAUUACUCUUUAUCAUAUUUAGUAGAGAUAUUUGUAUAAAGUUACAAGUUUUGUAAUUCAUAAUUUAAUUAAAUUUACAUUUAAUUACAUAUAUCUCUUUUCUUGAUUAUUAUAAGUAAAUUAUAUUGUAGGAAUAUAACAAUAAUAAAGAUCGAAUUAUAUUUUAUAUUUGAAAAAAAAGAAAUAAAU